AUGGACAAUGCCUUCAAUGUGUUCGAUGAAAUGGGCACAAGCUACAGAAAAAUUAGAAGAGCAAGGAUGGUUGCAAGUUUGCAAUAUGGUGGCAGUGGGUGCUUCACGGCAACAGGCAACAUGGUUACCGACCUGCUCUUCGAGAAGAGGCUGAAGCAGUUCGGUAUUGGUAGUGCCUUUCCACCCAAGAAGGACCUGCACCGGUUUGUCAAGUGGCCCAAGGUCGUGCGCAUCCAGCGGCAGUGCCGCAUCCUUAGGCAACACCUUGAGGUGCUGCCGCCGCUCAAUCAGCACUGUUUGGCCGACGCCAGUGCUUGGGCAGGCACGACAGCCCAGCUCGGACAUAGCACGAGCUGCUACGGCCUGGAGCGCUGGGGUCGGUCACGGUGGUGGCGAGAGGGCAGCGCGGCAACAGGCUCCUGGUCGAGCUCGAGCUCAAGCUCAAGCAUAGUGACGAGCGCCGGCCAGCACGCCAAAUAUGCUCAUGAACCUGUUACCCAUUUCGUCAUUCCGAUCCCCUAUAUGGGUGGUGACAUGAGCAACUAGCACUAGAAAAUUUUGCCAGACCAUGAAAACAACUACCUUUUACUUUGCUAUCAGGGAAGCAAAUAGUAGGCAGUGAUCUAAAAACAGAGUACAGAUUGUGAUGGCAUUACUUGUAUUCGUCUUCUGCCGCACUAUGUCAUGAACCCAUGGAUUGUUCCUGCAAUUCAACAUGAUGUGAUAUGUAAAACUUGUAUUUGAGUAAAGCAGUGGACAAGAUGUAUUUCUUACCAUAUGUUGUGAUUUUGUGUUGAAUUAUUAUUAUAUACCAUGCAUGCCAUUUGUUGCA